AAAAUGGGUACCAUUCACCCACACAGCCAAACACAUCUAGACAACACUAACCAGAACGAGAAUAUCAGACUCAUCGUCCCAAACACACCCCAACAGAAUUCGCCUUCGCCACUCCACAGAGCCAAGCUCACACGCUCUCUCUCUCUCCCUCUCUCUCUCUCUUCCUUGUGCAAGCAAAGAUGCUCUCGCUCUCCACAAUUCCCAAGGCCACCACCACGCUUGGCAACUCGCUGAGUUCACUCCCAGCAUCAGCAUCGGCAACGAACUCCACCAGAAAUUUCAGAGUCAAUAAUAUGUCGUCCGAUUCGCUUCCUCAAAACCGCAUCGUUGUGGGGUGUGGAGGGGCGGCGCUGGAUUACUUGGCGGCAGUGGCGGCGUAUCCGAAUCCCGACGACAAGAUCAGAACCACCAGCUUGAAGGUUCAAGGUGGUGGAAAUGCCGGGAAUGCAUUAACCUGUGUAGCUCGUUUGGGCUUAAAUCCAAGGCUAAUUUCCAAGGUUGCAGAUGACGCUCAAGGCAGGGGCAUAUUGAACGAGCUAGAAGCUGACGGUGUGGAUACUUCUUUUUUAGUGGUUUCUGAGGGGGGUAAUUCACCGUUUACCUAUGUCAUUGUUGACAACCAAACGAAAACUCGCACUUGUAUUCACACCCCAGGGUAUCCUCCCAUGAUACCGGAUGACCUUUCCCGAGCAAGUUUAUUAUCUGCAAUAGAUGGUGCAAGAAUUGUCUAUCUGGAUGGAAGAUUGCCCGAAACUGCUUUAAUUAUUGCACAAGAGGCAGUUCGCAAGAGUAUACCUAUUUUAAUUGAUGCAGAAAGGAUAAGGGAAGGGUUGGACGAUCUCCUGAAAUUAGCUGAUUAUGCCAUAUGCUCUGCAAAAUUUCCAAAGGCAUGGACAGGGGCACCAUCUAUUCCAAAUGCUCUUGUUUCCAUUUUUUUGAGAUUGCCAAAUAUCAAAUUUGUGAUUGUGACCUUGGGUGAAGAAGGCUGCAUAAUGCUUGAGAGAAGUGUAAAUGGUGAGGAUUACCAGACAGAAGAAAUUGAUGUAGACGUCUUAUUGGAAUCAUUAAAGCAGCAAAAGGAUGAAAGUGUACCCAGCCCAACAUGUAUUUCAUCGUCGGUGACAAGAUUGAGAGCAAACGGGAUUGGGACAGUAUGUGGGAGGUUAUUUUGGGGAACAGCUGAGAAGAUACCACCUUCAGAACUAAUCGAUACAACUGGUGCUGGGGAUGCAUUUAUUGGAGGUGUUGUUUAUGCUAUAUGUGCUGAGAUGCCACCAGAAACAAUGUUGCCAUUUGCAGCUCAAGUGGCAGCAGCUAACUGUAGAGCUUUGGGAGCUCGAACUGGUCUUCCACACCGCACCGAUCCGCGCCUGGCAUCUUUUUUACGUCAGAGUUCUCAAAUGAUAACCACAUCUUCGGCAAGUAAAUGAGAAGCAUGGGACUCAGCAUGCAGGAUGGGCUCUUGCAUCCCAGUUAGGUUUUUUUUUUUUUCUUCUCAUUAUGACAUCGCCAUAGUCACUUGUACAGAAUCACUUUUAUAAAGCAGUGACAACGAGCCAAUUUUAAUUAAACAGCAGCAGAUGUGGUUGCCUUCUAUGCCUACGCCUGUGGUGAUGGGCAUAGAAGGCAUCCAAACUCCACCUGUUCAAGUAGCUAGGCAGCUCGAGCAGGUAAGAGCCUAAAUUGGGACCUGAAUGCUCUACCACAUGAGGCUGACCACUAUGAACUAGGAUCUUAUCUAGGGGUUAAAAUCCAGUCCAGGUUCCGGUUGUUGGCCAAAACCGGCAACCGGAACCGGGGUACCUUAUUAUUAAUUUUGAAAAACCGGUACCGGGUACCCGGUUAUGAAAUAACCAGCUGGUUCCGGUUAGUACCCGGUUAUCCGGACUGGGUAACUAGUUUUAAAAAAUUUUGGCAUUUUUAGCUUAUUUUAGGUCUUGGG